AGAUCACACGAUGGAAUUUUCGUAUCGCCAGAAUGGACGAAAAGGUGUCGUACAUCUGAAAACAACGCGUCAGUUGACGGAUCGAGAUUGGCAUUUGAUAACGAUUGAGCAGAGUCCAAACACAGUAAGGUUUAGUGUCGACAUGGAAAAUGAAGUAGUCAUGCUUAAAGAAGGAGAGAAGGUGAAAGCGUAUGAUGGACCUUUCCUUCUUGGUGGAUCUUUGAGUACUGAGGUUAUGGAUGACCCUAAUGUGCAAGGCAUGGUGGGAUGCAUUGCUGGUUUAAUAAUAAACAACCGGGUGAAGUAUCUCGCCGAUAUUUACACCAUCCAACAGAGUGUUGUACGAGAGGGAAUGGCUGUCGGAUGUAGCACCUUAUGUCAUGAGAACACUUGCAAAAAUGGAGGGCGGUGUAUCGAGCGUUUUACGUCAUAUGAAUGCGUGUGUCUUGAUCGCGCUACCUCUGGCGAGCAUUGUGAAAUCAACUAUAAUGAUGAUGUUGUAAGCUUUCCAGAAGGAAAUACCUACCUGAGUAUUGACCUAACAAACUCGUCCAUCUUCACGUCGAGUUUUUUCGUUGGUUUUCGGACAUUAAGUUCAAACGCCCUUUUGCUGUACGCAGAAGACAACUUCAGUAACUUUGUUUCCUUGGAGAUUAGUCAUGGUCAAUUGAAAAUGACGUGGAAUUCCAACCGAGUAAUUAGGAACAUCAUAUUAAAAAGGGAAGUGCGAGAAUUCUCGGACGGUGAUUGGUUGGAAGUUUCUGUGGAGAGGGAUGAACAAGGGGUGAGUUUGAUUGUAGGCGAUGAAAAGGCGACAACACUAGCUCCACGUGGACUUCUUGACCAGUUCUACAGUGAUCCAUUUUCGCAGGGUAUUGCAAAACCUUCUGCGCCCAAUGCAUUUGUAAAGCUGUAUGUUGGCGGUAAGCCUAACUCCAAGGUGAAUGCUUUAAAGGGAUGCAUUCGAGGGCUGGUCGUAGCUAAUCAACCAAUCAGAUUACAGGGAAGUUAUAAACCAGGUGUUCUUGAAAAAUGUGAAAAUCACUGCUUGCCGAGGCCAUGUCUGAAUGGGGGGAUUUGUAUGGAAACUUGGUACGACUUCUACUGCAACUGUACAAUGACAUCAUAUGCGGGCAAGCAGUGUGAAGAAGGUGAAGUAUAUGAUAGCAUGUGA